AUGGGAGGUGUCGAUACGAGCAAGUGGAAGCCACGACGAACGCAAGGAACGGUUAUCAACAGAACGCGGAAUCAGUUCGCGUGGGCGGUACUCGCAAUCGGAACGCUCAGUUUCGCUGUUUUUUAUUCUGCCUGUAGAUACAUCGGCGGUGAGAAGUUUAAGCAACGGCUGCACAAGGAUUUCUUCGAGCGUACCGAAGAAGAGGUGGACCGGAAGGCUUUGAUGAACUUCAGUUUGUUGGCACCUCGACGAGGAGAUACGAUUAGGAAGCUGCUAGAAGAGGAGGCGAUUGAUCGCAGCGAGAAGUGA